AUGGCCGAGACCGAAGCCGCCGUGCCGCAGCUCGAACCCCGCCGAGCAUGUCAAGAGUGCAACCGCAAAAAGACCAAAUGUGACAUGCGUCGGCCCGUUUGUGGCCUUUGCUUACGUACGGGCAACUCUUGCACCUUCCCGCUGAAAAGGAAGAAGCCCACCCGCAAACCCCAGCUCAAGACCCAGUCGCGGAAGAUCAGUGACAGCCUGUCCAAGCUGGUCCAGGUGCUGGAAGCGGCGUCGCGAGCUGGCGAAAGCCCCGCCGAGCAGGACGGCCGACGGGGCAUUCCCCAGACAGUGCUGCGAGACUCGCUCAAGGGACUCCUAGCUGAGAUCGCCGAGACAGAGAACCACGCUGCCGACAAUCAGGACCAGUCCGCCGACCAGAACAACCGAAAUGACUCUGUGUCUGACGCCGAUGAGAACGAGGAUGAAGACCCUGACACCAACGAGCCAGAGCUGGAGCAAACGCCACCCGCCACUUCAACCGAGGACACCACGAAAAUAUCGACUCCGUCACUGCUCUCGACCCUACCACUAACGUCGACAGAAAUCCCUUGUUCGGUGGCCCUCGACCUGAUCUACAUCUUCUUUGACAAGGUCCAGGCGUGGGCGCCCAUCCUGCACCGACCGCGGUUUCUGGCGCGAUUCGAAAAGGCUCUCCUGGUCGAUGGCGAUGUCAUGAAGGGAUUCUCUGUCGACGAGUCGCUGUUGUUCUACAGCAUCUUCGCCAUGAGCGCGAGAUUUUCCAACCAUCCAGUCUUUGCCGACACCCCGCCGAGCAAGCGAGGACACGAGUUCGCUCUACGUGCUCGAGAUUGCUACGCCCAGGCCCGUUUGAUUAGGGCCCCCACAUUGACUUACCUCCAAGGCUGUAUCCUUCUGGCCUACUACUUCUACACGUCAGGCCCAACGCACCAAGGCUGGAUUCUCAUCGGCGUCUGUGUCAGACUGGCAUACGAUCUGGGCCUCUCCGAAAUCGACGACGACGACUGGAACCCGCUCACGCCCAUGGACGCGGUGGAAAGGGAAGAAUGCAGGCGAUCCUGGUGGGCUGUGUGGGAACUGGACACGUUUGCAUCCACCGUCUCCCGCCACCCGUAUUCGAUUGAUCGCAAAAGAAUGGCCGUCGCCCUCCCCAUCUCGGACGAAGCGUGGUUUGCCGAGAUGCAGGUGUCAUCUGCACAGCUCAACAUGCUCCCCGGUCAAUCCUGGAGGUCCUUACAGGGGUGUAGCAACCAAGACGAGCGGGCGUGGUUCCUGGUCGCCAAUCACUUCAUGGCGACGGUCCAUGACCGACUGCAGCAGAGACAAGACAUAACCUCGGACGAAAAAUUGACGCUAGAAAACGAGAUAUGCUGUUUCAAACUCGCGCUUCCUGCCUCGCUUCGGCUCGACGCCGAGACUUUGUCAUUCACACCGACGACGUUUGCCCGGUGCAACUGGGUCAUUGGGACUCAUCUCAUGCUGAUGGCGGCGUCCUUCAUGGUUUCUGGGAUCGCCGCGGCCGAAAACGACGACCACAGCGUGUCCAGUGUGGGUACCAGCGCCUCGUCACCGCUCCGCCAGCGCGCCAUCGACUUGUCACGGAUCAUCAGUCUCUGGGACUCCAGAUACAUUGCGAUCGCCCACCCGUUUUUUACGUGCAUGAUGCUCCCACCUUACUACGUGGAUGGCGACAUUUUGAGAACCCAGCCUCUCAUCGCCUCUAGUCACGACUUGGGGAAGCUGGUCCUGGCACACUUCAGCGAGAGAUGGAAGUUGGGUUCCGUUGUCGCCGAACUGGCAAAGAUCCUCGAGCGAGGAGGCACGCUCGACGCCCAAGAAAAACAGCUGGCCAAAAGAUACGCCGUAUUUUUCCGGAUGCCACGUCUCAGCGGCAACAGCCCUCCGGAUCUCAAUCGGCGGGAGAGGAACAACUCGAUGAUCAGCGAUAAGAUUGCAUACCCAGGCCCCGCAGAGGUGCAGCAGCAGCAGCAGCAGCAGCAACAGCAACCGCAACCGCAACCGCAGCCACCCCCGCCGGAGGAGUAUCCAACGUCGCUCGACAUGUCUGGCCACGCGAAUAUCGCCAAUUACCAAGCGCCGAUGUUCGAUCCUCAAAACUUCCCGUCGCUCCAGCCUCCGUUUUUCGAAGGGAGUGGUGAGAUCGAAUUUGGCUUCUCGGACUUCUUUGGUGGCUACCAAGACUUGGAUUUCAUGACGGGCCCAACAUAG